CCGCGGUGCAAUAGUAGUGACAAAUUGGCGGUCUCCCGUAGCCCCGUGGACACGAUCAUUUUCGUACGGUAGUGCGGUAACGUAACAGCUACCGGCCGAACGUCGAUCGACCGACGGCACGAUAAUUACAAUAAUUAUAAUAAUCGCGAUUAUUAACAAUAACAAUAGCCGUAAUACUAUGUGCGUUCGGUGCGCAACGCGUUCGUGAACGGUACAGAACAUUUCGCUUUUGUUUUAAUAUUUUUUUAUUAUUUCUUUCCCCCCAUCGUUUCCGCCAUUAUUCAAAUCGUUUUUUUAUAGUACACGUAUUUACAAUCCGACGCACAAUAUCCGCGUGAACGUUUCACCCGAACAGUGCCGACGGCCACUUUGCGCGCAUAUCGUCGUCGCGCACGCCAAUAAUAACAAUAAUAAAUCCGGUGCAAGUCUCGAGUCGUCUACUGCAUACGGCUGCAACGGGCGGGUUGAUCUCGCGUGAUGCGACGUGAACGCGGUCGGCGUUUCCCGACGACGACGACUCCUGCAGCGACGGCCGUCGCGCUCACCCCAUAGCGCAGGACUGUUCAAACAAUAAUAUACCGAAGGUGAUCGGGAAUGUUAGAGUCCGGUUGACAUUUCCGUCGAUCGUUUCUGAUUGAUUAAGCUACGCACCGGCUAAAGUGACACAACAACUGCAACAGUAGAAGCAGCAGCAGCAGCAGCAGCAAUCGAAACGACGAAAACAUUGGAGACUACAAGAAAUAUAGGAUGGCGAAAAUGACUUAUGAAACGGGCGCUGCGAAGCGCGAGAAGUCGUCUGCACAGGACGAGAACCACGAGUCGUGGCAGGCGAUGAGCAUCAUGUCCAAGGCCAAGUUCAUGUUGAAACACUGCACGGUGGAACCGAUGCUUGGGUGCUACAUCGUGAGCAGCGUGUUGGCUUCGUUGGCCACGCAGAACCUGAACCUGCAAAAGGCAUGCAGGGUGAACCUGCGGUUGGACAACACCACGUGCUCGGCGCUGGAGAGCCGGUCCAUGGAGAACUACACCAAGGAAGACGAGGUGAUUGUCCAGGAGCUGGUGGCCGACAUGAUCAUAUGGAAGACGAUCGUGCAGAGCAGCAUACCGUCGGUGCUCAUCAUAUUCAUCGGGUCGUGGAGCGACCGAAACCACAAGCGCAAGCCAUGCAUGUUGAUCCCGAUCAUCGGCGAGUUCCUCACCAGCAUCGGGCUGCUGCUCUGUACUUACUACUUUUACGAGUUGCCCAUGGAGGUCGCGGGGUUAGUCGAAUCCGUACCACCGGCCAUGACCGGAGGGUGGAUGACCAUGUUCAUGGCCGUGUUCAGCUACGUAGGAGACGUGACCACGGUGAAAAUGCGUACCCUACGAAUCGGUAUCGUGAACGUUUUCUGUUCCGUGGGCGUGCCUAUAGGUACUGCACUGUCGGGUGUGUUGUUUCGCGAACUCGGAUUCUAUGGUGUGUACAUCAUAGCCACAGUAUUAUAUAUAUUUGCAUUCGUGUACGGGAUGAUAUUCAUUAAAGAAAACAAGACGGAGACCAGUGUCGAGAGAAAAAAAGAGCCGUCGAGGGACACGUCCUGUGUGGAUUUCCUUAAGGACUUUUUCAGUCUCAGUCACAUCAAGGAGGCCAUCCGGGUGACUUUCAAAGAAGGACAGCACAACCGAAGACUAAGAAUAAUCUCAUUGAUGGUCGUUGUUAUCGUUGUAAUGGGCCCUUUACAUGGUGAAAUGUCCGUGAUGUAUCUGUUCACGCGCGUCAGGUUCAACUGGGACGAAGUCAACUACAGCAUGUUUUCCACGUACUCGAUGAUCACUAACCUCGUAGGUACGAUGUUCUCGGUCGGCGUGUUCAGCCACAUGUUGCAGAUCGACGACGCAUUGAUCGGAGUGAUGUCUUGCGUGAGCAAAAUACUGGCCGGAUUCGUUUACGCGUUCGCCACCACCGAUUUCGUGUUUUAUUUGGCGCCACUCGUUGAUAUUGUAAACGGUACAUCAUUCAUUGCUAUGAGAUCGAUUAUAUCCAAACUCGUACCACCAGAUGAACUGGGCAAAGUGAACUCCCUCUUCGGCGUCUGCGAAGCUCUAGUGCCGUUGAUAUACGGACCAAUGUACAGUGCAGUAUAUAAAGCAACGUUGAAAACCGUUCCAGGAGCGUUUUUUUUACUCGGAGGCGCAUUGACUGCUCCCGCAGCCCUCAUAUUCUUAUGGAUGUACAAUGAACAUAGGAAGGAAAGGAAGGAAAAAGAAGCAGCGAUUAAUGACGAAGAAAAGAAACCCGGAGUACUGAAGAAGAAAAACAGUUUGGAUUUCAGGUUAUCUUCGCACGAUUUUGACUUGAAGACGAUACUGGACAGGCGAACACAAACGCACAGGGGUUCGGGACAGUUUUCAAGUUUUGGAUUAGAUAAUAUUGCAUUCCAAAUGGAAGAAGGAGUGCGAGCCAAAGCGAGUCCUAAGGAUUAAGACACCGUUCUUCUGUAGAUUAUUUUUUUAUUUAUUUUUUUUAUUCCUACAGUCGUUAAGACACACCUAUUCGUAUCGUUUGUAUAUAAGUUAAGACGUCCGUAAAUAAUAAUAUUACAUGAUCACUCUGUUGCAAAAUUAAUAGUUUAAGAUUUAUUUUUUGAUUUUUUAAUUCAUGUACAUAUAUCCUUGAUUUAAAUUAGUUUAAGACACAAUAUUAUAUGUAUUCGUUUACACGUAUUGCUAUAUAACUGUAAGCUAAAGAUGAUCCCUUGAUUGAUUCUGGAAAAGUAAACAUUUUAUUCAGUUAACAUAGCUGAAAUAUAAUGACGUGCUAAAACUCAAUAAAUCUGUAUCUUUCUUCGCAUAUAAUCAUAGACGAAGUUGGGGGUGUGCCCAAAUGUAGAAUAUUUUCUAACAGACGAUGUAUUUACUAAUUAGGUAGUUUAGUCACUCUUAAUGAGGUAAACAAUGAUAGAUUAGUAUAAGAUUGCAUUCGCUGAAGAUCAAAUCCAUUUCCACCUAAGUUUAUUUAUUAGGUAAAAUGCACUAAUCCAUUUUGUUUUUUUUUUAUCAGAUUAAAUGUAGGUGAAUAUUUGAUUUUUAUUUUAUUAUCAGACUUAAGCAUUUAAGUUACCUAUUUUUGUAUAUA